AUGACCGGGAUCGCGACCGGAAAAUCGGGAACCUUAGGGUUUCCGGGUGGGGGCCGAGGAGGGAGAGGAUCGAGGCGUAGCGGCGACGGCGGCGGCGACGGCGGCGACGGCUGCGAUGACCCGGACUACGAGAGGGAGAUGGCGAUGGCGAUGGCGAUGGCGAUGGCGACAUUACAAUACUGUUCGUGGCAACGGCGCGACGGGGCGGCGACGACGGCGAGACCCACUUAUAAACAAGCCGACACACGCAACUUUGUGAGCCAUCUCUAUGAUGCUCUUGAGCGGAACAAGAUAAGGGCAUUUGUCGACCAUACUCUAGAAAGAGGACUAGAGAUCGCACCAGUAAUCAAUGAAGCAAUCGAGCAGUCGAGGAGCUCUAUCGUUGUCAUCUCUCAGAACUACGCCUCCUCACCGUGGUGCCUGGAUGAGCUGGAUAAGAUCCUCGAGUGCAAGGGAAAGAAAGGCCAGCUGGUGUUCCUUAUUUUCAUGGAUGUCGACCCUAGAGAGAUGCGAGAGCAGUCUGGACCAUUCACGUGGAUUGGCCAAAGCGAGAAGGGUUACGGGCAGGAGAAUGUGGACAACAUCCAGAGGUGGAGAGAUGCUCUCCGCAAGGCCGGCAAUCUCACUGGUUGGUCUCUCGAAAACAGACUUGAAGCUGAGUUCAUCCAAUCCGUUGUGGAGAAAAUCUCAAGAAGACUAAGCGGCUUGCACAAGAAACCGCUUGCUUUCCAUCUAGUUGGGUUAGAUUCUCAGGUACAAGCCUUGUACUCCUUACUCCAAUUAGAGGUUGAGGAGGUCCUAAUCGUGGGAAUUUCCGGGAAUAGUGGAAUAGGUAGGACUACACUAGUGAGAGCUUUGUACCACCGAAUUGCAGAUCAAUUUGAUCGGAGUUACUUUCUCUCAAACAUGACGGAUAUAUCGAGCCAAGCUGGCCUCAUCAAAAUGUUGGAGACCCUUUUUGGUGACAUUCCUAGCAAUUUGGAGUUUAGCGAUGAUAUUCAUGUAGCAAUAAACUUGAUGAGGAGUAAGCUUCACAACAAGAGGGUUUUGUUGGUGUUUGAUGAUGUUGAAGGGUUGGUGGAGCCACUAAGCCACCUGAUCAAAGCAAUAAACUUAGGCUCGGGAAGUAGAGUUAUUUUGAUACCUCGCCACAAAGAAACCUUAAUCAGCCUAUGCAAUGAAAUCUAUAAGGUACGACCACUGAAUGAUGACCAAGCUCUCGACCUUUUCAGUUGGAAUGCGUUCCAAGAACGAUAUCCCCAAAAUGAUUAUAAGAUGCUCUCAAAUUGCUUCACCAGUUUUUUCAAAGGGCUUCCUUUGGCACUCACCGUAAUGGGUUCUUUCUUGAAUGGCAAAAGCAUCAAAGAAUGGCAAGGAGCUUUUUGUCGACUAAAAAAAAUCCGUCAGGUAAAGGUUCAAGACAUACUAAGGAUUGUUAUCGAUGGCCUAGAGGACAACGAGAGGACGAUUUUUCUCGACAUCGCAUGUUUUCUUAAUGGAUAUGACAAAGAAGAGAUCAUCAAGUCUCUAGACCAAUGCGGUGUCCAUGCUAAUAGUGGAAUUGAGAUUCUGGCUCAAAAGUUGCUCAUAUACAUCGACGAAAAUAACAAAAUAUGGAUGCAUGAUUUGUUUGAAGAAGUGGGUAGACAAAUUGUUGUUCAAGAGUGCCCUAAAAAUCCCAGUAAGCGAAGCAGAAUUUGGCAUCAUGAGGAUGCUCUACAAGUGUUUAAACAAAACUCAGGAACAAAUGCCAUUGAAGGUAUUAAACUAGACAAGGUUGCUGUAGAAGACUUGAUCAUGAAUGCAGACUCGUUCAAAAAGAUGAAAAAACUCAGGUUAUUUAUGAUGAUUGAUCAUGUUCCUCAUUGUGGACCGGCUGGACAUCUAUCAGAGAAGUUGUGGAGGUGUUUUGCAGGGAACAGAAAUAAUAUGUUUGCACUUUUGGACGCUCUGGUGGAGGAGAUUUUCAAGUUCUGGUCUCGCGGCGGCGGAGCCUGA